AUGAUUAGGCCGACCAUUAAGUACUUGGGAACAGCCAUCACAUCGAAGGCUACAGUUCCCGGAACUAUAUAUACCGACCUUCGGAACAACGGUCACCUCUCGGAGGAACUUCUCGCCGGCUAUAAUGACGUGAAUUACCGGUGGGUCUCACGAGACAACUGGACGUAUGGCCGAGAAUUUGAAGUCGACGCGAAGCUACUGAACAAACAAGUGGUGAAUCUGGUGGCCGAAGGGGUGGACACUGUGUCCGCCAUUUAUAUCAAUGACCAACUCGUGGGCCGUACUGUCAAUCAGUUCGUGAGGUAUAGGUUUGACGCGAAGAAAGCCCUC